AUGAAACAAAUUGUAAAGAUCGUGAAUUUUAUAAGUUCAAAUGAACUGAACCGCAGAACGUUCCAAGAGUUUUUGAAAGAACUUAUAUCACAAUACGGGGACGUGCUUUACCAUAUAGAAGUAAGAUGGCUGAGUAAGGGUAAAGUUUUGGAACGUUUCUUCAAUAUUCGUCAUGAGAUUACUCUGUUUUUAGCUACAAAGGAAAAAGAGUAUCCUGAUGUUUAUGAUUUUAGUUGGUGGUUCAAAGUAGCGCUUCUCACUGAUAUAAUGGGCAUUAUGAAUAAAACACUGACUCGAUUGCAAGGACACUACAAUAAAAUUGUAACGAAAAUGAUUAGUAUUGUGUUUUCACAGGAACAAAAACUCAAUAUAUAUAUCGAAGAAUUGUCAAACAGUGAUUAUUCUAGCUUUCCUUCUGUUAAGACUUUGUUUGAUGAAAAUCCAGAUGAAAGUCAAGAUGUUACUGAUUUAAUAAAGCUGUUAACAGAUCUAAAGAACGAAAUGUCUUUGAGGUUUAGUGACUUCAGGAAGUAUCAAGAACCAUUUCGCUUGGUGGAAAAUCCAUGGUUAAUUACAACAGCAAAUAUAGCUCAUCUUUCUGAUCAUUCUUUGGAUACAAAGCUAGGGAUUUGA